AUGCAGGAGCAUUUAACUGAGGCGCAAAGAUCAAGGGCUGUAGCUAAAUUAGAAGAUAAUUGGUCUUUGAAUGAAGUGGAUACUGAUUUAAAUGUCAGGUCGCUUUCGCAGGCUGCGACAGUGCGAUUAGCAGAUAACAUUUAUGUCCCCUUCUCUCAGUUGUUGCCAACUGUUCAUCCUGAUGAUAUAGUGGUGGAUGGGUGGGACAUAAGCUCUCUCAAUUUAGCAGAAGCUAUGGAGAGAGCACAGGUGUUAGAGCCAGCUCUCCAGCAGCAACUGAAGCCACUAAUGCAGGGGUUGAAACCAAGACCAUCAAUUUAUUUAUCAGAAUUCAUUGCUGCCAAUCAGAAAUCUCGGGCAGAUAAUGUAAUUAGUGGCACAAAGGAAGAACAAUUAGAGCAGAUCAUGAACGAUAUUGCUCAAUUUAAAAACUCGACCAACGUAGACAAAGUCAUAGUAUUGUGGACUGCAAAUACAGAAUGUUUCAGCAAUGUUAUAGAAGGUGUAAAUGACACAGCUGUAAACAUAAAGGCAGCUAUUGCCAAAGGCCACCCAGAAAUUUCACCGUCAGUAUUAUUUGCGUAUGCGUCCAUCGCGAUGGGUUGUACCUACAUCAACGGGUCUCCUCAGAAUACCUUCGUGCCAGGAAUAAUAGAGUUUGCUGAAAAACGAGGUGUGUUCAUUGCUGGAGAUGACUUUAAAUCCGGACAGACCAAGAUUAAAAGCGUUCUCGUGGACUUUUUGGUUGGAGCUGGCAUCAAACCUGUCAGUAUCGUAAGCUAUAACCAUCUGGGAAAUAAUGAUGGUAAAAAUUUGUCAUCACCCAAACAGUUUAGAUCCAAAGAGAUUUCUAAGAGUAAUGUUGUUGAUGAUAUGGUAGAGUCAAACGAUAUUUUGUUUUCUCCAGGAGAAAAACCAGACCAUGUUGUGGUGAUUAAGUAUGUUCCAUACGUAG